CCAGGCUGGAGUGAGUGACACUGCUCCUCUGGAGAGCACACAGUCAGCUCAACGGACAAGAGGCUCACAGCAGGGCUCUGGUUCGUGAGCUUAUCAGUUUCAUCUCUGUCUAACCCAUCCAGAACAGUUCUCAGAAGGAAAAUACCAGGAAGAUAAUGACCUAAGAGUCGUCUUUUUGCAGUAAUUUGAAAUUUCAUUGAAAGGUUGCGGAAUACAGAGCUCUGCAUUCUUUAUUCCAGAGCCAUCUAUUCCAUCGCUUUUGUGGACAAUGGGGAAGAGCCGGUUACUACUGUUUGCCCUCUGGGGUGUACUGGUUUUUGGCCUAUUCCCAAAUCUUGAAGCUCAGGAUGCCCCUUCGACAGCCAACCUUGUAUUCUUAAUUGAUGGAUCAGAGAGCGUUGGAGCUGCCAACUUCCCCCUCGUCCGUGAUAUGGUGGUCCAGUUGAUUGAGGGACUUGCCAUUGGCAGGGAUGCAAUCCGUGUAGCCCUCGUGGUUUAUGGUGCCGUUCCUGAAAUUCAGUUCAAUCUCAAUAGCUAUGACAACAAAGAGAGUGUUCUCAGUGCUAUCCAGCGGAUUAACUACCCUGGCGGUAAUGAGGCAAACCUGGGGGCCGCUUUGAAGGAGGUGGCAGACAGUGUAUUGGGCCAAGAUGCAGGAAGCAGGGCAGAGGAAGAGGUACCCCAGAUGCUGGUGGUGAUCAGUGCUGGGGAGUCCACUGAUGAUGUUAGUCAGGGCAGUAGGGCCCUAAUGCAGGCCAGUGUGUACACAUUUGGCAUUGCUGUGGGUGAUUCUGCUACUGCCCAGCUGGAAGCUAUUGCUACACACAAAAACUUGUUUCUGUCUGCUCCUGAUGCCAGAGAAAUGGCAAGCAUUGGUGACAAGAUACUGCCAUACAUUAAUGGGAUUGCAGAGCGCACCAUUGUGAUUCAAACAGAGUUCACAGAAGCUUUGGCUGUUGGGAAGAGAGAUAUAAUUUUCCUCAUUGACAGUAGCAUGGGUACCGUCGUAAUCAAUGCAGUGCGAGAAUUCAUCAAAAGGUUUAUUGACACCAUGCCAAUUGGUCCUGAUCAGGUGCAGGUUGGAGUGGCCAUGUUUUCCACCACCCCAAGAAUGGAGAUCAACCUCAACUCAUUCAGUUCAAAGGAAUCACUAAUCUCUGCCCUCGCAAGAAUAAAACCCAGACCUUCGAAUGAAGUCAACAUUGGUGCUGCCUUGAAUUUUGUGAGGACCGAAAUGCUCACAGCCGAGAGUGGGAGCCGCAUUGAUGAUCAAGUGCCACAGCUUGUAUUGCUCCUAACCAGUAAAAAAUCCAAAGACAGUGUCCAACAACCGGCUGAUGAUCUUCGUCAAAGGGGUGUUCUGACUUUGGCUGCAGGAUUGAAGGCUGCAAAUGAAGCUGAGCUCCAGCAAAUAGCGAUUGAUGAAAGUGUUGUUUUCAUGCUGAAGGACUUUAGGGUAUUGCUGCGCAACCCCAAAGAAAUUAUCUCCCCUCUUUCUACAUUGGCUGGUGUUGUUGUAGAAGAGAUUCCAACUGAGUCAGAGCCAGUUGUGGAUGUUACUACAGUCCACACCCAAAGAAUUGUCCGAGACAUUGUCUUCUUGGUCGAUGGAUCUAACUAUGUUGGAAAUAACCUGCAAUCUGUACUGGAGUUCAUUACCGAAGUGGUGGACAAACUAGAUGUUCGACCUGAGCGAGUGCGCAUUGGACUAAUUCAGUUUGCUGAAACGCAGCAUACAGAGUUUUUUCUGAACACUCACAAAACCAAACAGGAUGUGCUCUCUGCCAUCGCUCAGCUGAGAUUGAGGGGAGGACGGGCAUUGAACACUGGUGCAGCCCUACAAUAUGCACUAACCAACCACUUCCAGCCCGCAGUUGGGUCUCGUAGGAGAGAGGGGGUCCAGCAGGUCCUGGUUUUAAUAACUGGAGGACCAUCUCAAGAUGAGGUCAAGAGGAUUGCAGACCGUGUAGCUGUAGAGGGUGUUUUGACUUUUGCUGUUGGAGCUGGCCAAGUGGAAGAUCGUUUCCUGAAAACUGUUGCUUUUGUUGAGGAUUUGGCUUACUACAGAAGUAAUUUUGCUGACUUGUCAAGUGUUGUGGAUGAAAUUAUGUCACCACUGGUCACUGUUGUUGGAACGACUGAUACUCUAGAAGUGACUGAACAACCAGGUCCCUCUGGUGGAGAAAGGGAUGUUGCAUUUUUAAUUGAUGGCUCUGAUGAUGUGAGAAGUGACUUUCCCUAUAUCCGUGACUUCAUUACCAAAGUCCUUGAGCCUCUGGAUAUAGGCUUUGAUAAAGUACGAGUUUCUUUGGUCCAGCAUAGUGAGAGACCAAGUCCAUACUUCUACUUGAACACUUACCAAACCAAAGAUGAGGUGCUGAGAGCUGUAAGUGGACUCAGUCCGGCAGGUGGCAGAAGUUUAAACACUGGAGCUGCCUUGACUUUCAUGAAAAACACCAUUUUGUCACCAGCAAAUGGUGGUCGGGCCGGUUACAAUGUUCCCCAAUUUUUGAUAGUUUUGACUGGGGGAAGAUCAAGAGACAGUGUCAGAGAACCCGCAGUUGCCCUAAAGACUGAGGGAGUUGUUCCUUUUGGUGUUGGAGUGAAAAAUGCAGACCCUAAACAGAUUGAGGCCAUCUCUCACAAUCCAUCAUUUGCUUUCAUUGUGAAUGAAUUCAACGAGCUCAACACUGUUCAGGAAAAGCUCAAGAACUAUGUAAACCUUCCUGAUCAAGAACUGAAGGUCAUUCUAGACACAGCGACUGAACAACCAGGUCCCUCUGGUGGAGAAAGGGAUGUUGCAUUUUUAAUUGAUGGCUCUGAUGAUGUGAGAAGUGACUUUCCCUAUAUCCGUGACUUCAUUACCAAAGUCCUUGAGCCUCUGGAUAUAGGCUUCAAUAAAGUACGAGUUUCUUUGGUCCAGCAUAGUGAGAGACCAAGUCCAUACUUCUACUUGAACACUUACCAAACCAAAGAUGAGGUGCUGAGAGCUGUAAGUGGACUCAGUCCGGCAGGUGGCAGAAGUUUAAACACUGGAGCUGCCUUGACUUUCAUGAAAAACACCAUUUUGUCACCAGCAAAUGGUGGUCGGGCCGGUAACAAUGUUCCCCAAUUUUUGAUAGUUUUGACUGGGGGAAGAUCAAGAGACAGUGUCAGAGAACCCGCAGUUGCCCUAAAGACUGAGGGAGUUGUUCCUUUUGGUGUUGGAGUGAAAAAUGCAGACCCUAAACAGAUUGAGGCCAUCUCUCACAAUCCAUCAUUUGCUUUCAAUGUGAAGGAAUUCAGGGAGCUCAGCACUGUUCAAGAAAAGCUCAAGAACUACGUAAACCUUCCUGAUCAAGAACUGAAGGUCAUUCUAGACAAAGCGGAGUCUGAAGGACCUAAGAAGGACAUCAUCUUUGUGAUUGAUGGCUCUGAAGGUGUUGGUAGAGAAUUCCCAAUUAUCCAGGAGUUUGUGCGCAGAGUUGUGGAGAAUCUCAAUGUUGGCGAGAACAAGAUCCGAGUAGGUGUGGUGCAGUAUGGAGAUACACCAUAUGCAGACAUAUACCUCAACUCACACAGAACCAAAGAAGGUGUCCUAAAUGGCAUUAAGGAACUCCGACAGCGAGGCGGGAGGCAGCGUAACCUUGGACGGGCCAUUGACUUUGUUAGUCGUGAAGUUCUGACUUCUGGACGUGGUGGAAGGAAACAGGAGGGAGUUCCACAAUUUGUAGUUGUAAUUUCAGGAGGAAAAGCAACAGAUAAUAUAAGACCAUAUGCAACAGUAAUGAAACAGUCUGGAGUCGUCCCGUUUAGCAUAGGAACAAGAGACAUGGACCCUCAGGAAUUGCAAGUGACGUCCUAUGUCCCCAGAUUUGCCUAUACAGUUGAUGACUUGCCUGGACUAUAUACAAUUCAGGAUACACUCAUCACCACCCUGACAGAGCUAUCUAGUGAGGAGUUAGCCAAAUUGCGCCCUGUGUACCCUACAGAGACUGUAAUUCCAGUACCUCGUGGAGAUAAAAGGGAUGUUGUUUUCCUUAUUGAUGGCACAACAAAGAUGCGCACUGAGUUCCCUGCCAUAAGAGACAUGGUUUAUCGAGUGGUGGACAAGUUAGAUGUGGGUCCCAACAAUGUGAGAGUCUCAGUUGUGCAAUACAGUGAUGAUCCCAAACUGGAGUUUCUUCUCAACGAGCACUCCACUAAGGAGGAAGUUCACCAGGCAAUACGAAGAAUGAGAAGCAAAGGUGGCAAUCAGCUGAACACUGGACAAGCUCUGGAAUAUGUUUCAAACAACAUCUAUCAAAGAUCAGCUGGAAGCCGCGCAGAAGAGGGUGUGCCCCAGUUUCUCAUCUUGGUAACCGGAGGAAAGUCAAAUGAUGAUGUGUCUGGUCCCGCUAAUCAACUGAAGUCAAGCCUUGUUGCACCCUUAGCAGUUGGAGGUCAUAAUGCAGAUGAAGAGGAGUUAAAAUUAAUUUCUUUUAGUCCAGAACUAACAUUCACAAUCAGAGACUUCCAGCAGCCACAAGAAGUUGAGCAACAGCUAUUAACAAAAGUCAGUACCAUGAGCAGAGAUGAAAUUUCAGCCCCAACUGUGCAUAAAGUCUCACUCAAUCUUGGAAAAAAGGACAUCAUUUUCCUCAUUGAUAGCUCUGACAGUGCUGGACAAGGUGGUGUCGCUCACAUUCGUGACUUUAUCUUGAAAGUGGUUGAUCAGCUUGAUGUACGACCUGACCAAGUUCGCGUGGCCCUGGUACAGUAUGGCGAAAGACCUCAAACUGAAUUCUCUUUGAACUCCCAUGACAACAAGCAAUCUGUCAUCUCUGCCAUUAAGAGAUUGCGUCAUAUGGGUGGACGUGGUGCUGACCUAGCUGAGGCGAUUAAGUAUGUCAUACGAAAUGAGCUAACGGAAACUGCUGGGGUACGUCCUUCAGACGCUUCCCAGCAUUUAGUUGUGCUAACUGGUGGAAGAUCAACCUCCGAUGUAUCUACUUAUGGCCAAGUUCUCAAAGGCUCUGGUAUUAAAUGUAUAGGAAUUGGUGCAGAAAAUGCAGACCCAAGACAACUGGAACAAAUUACUACCACUUCUGAUGACGUCCUGAGGGUGGCUACUUUCCCAAAUCUUCCAAACAUAGAGGGCAAAUUUAUAGCCAGACUUAAUGGAACGAUUAAAGACGAGCCUCCCACUGACUUUGAAGACAUUGGUCCUGCCCCACCACAGGUCAAGGCUGCUGACAUUGUCUUUUUGGUUGAUGGGUCAAUCAAUCUUGGCAAGGACAAUUUUAAAGAGGUUAUGGAAUUCAUUCUCAAUUUAAUUGACCUGUUCUUCAGUGAGAGAGAUAAUCUUCAGUUUGGUCUAGCGCAUUAUGCUACAGAUGUGACCAAUGAAUUCUACCUUAAUACUUACAAAAAUAAGGAUGACAUUAUCGAUGCCAUAACUCGAGUGGAGUAUAAGGGAGGUCGGGAAAUCAAAACAGGCAAUGCCAUUCGCUAUGUUCAGAAAACACACUUUGUAAAAGCAAGAGGAAGUCGGAAGGAUGAGGGAAUUCCACAGAUCCUGAUGGUAGUCACUGGUGGACGGUCAAGGGAUGACAGCAAAUCAGCGGCACUAGCUCUCAAAGCCAGUGGUGUGCGCAUCUAUGCUGUUGGGGUGGGUAACUUUGAGGACGAACUUAAGAAUUUGGGCAGUGCAUCAACCACAGUGGCCCAAGCCAGUACCUUCCAAGAGCUCUCUGAACUUAAUGAGCAGAUUUUGCAAGCACUGGAAGAUGAUGUGAUCAUAAAAUCAUGCCAUGGAGUAAAGGAUAUUACAAGAGAAUGCAAGUUGGAUGUUCUUGUCGGGUUUGAUGUGGCUUCACAGAACAUCUUUGCUGCUCAAAGGUCACUAGAGAAGAAGGUGGCUAGUAUUCUCAAACACAUUACCCAGAUGCAGCCCAUCAGCUGCACUUCUGGCCAGGUCCCCUCAAUACAAGUGGGCAUGCUAGCGAUGGACUCAGCCUCUGAGCCUGUUCAGAUGGACUUUACCAACAGAUACACAGAGCUUCUUGAGCCCUUCAAGGCCCUCCGAAACCGUGGGCCUUUUGUUCUAAACGGUGCAACAAUCAAAGCUUAUGCUGAUAGAUUCAAAAGUCAGCCUUCAGAUAGUGUCAAGGUUGUGAUCCACUUAACUGAUGGAUUAGAUGCCCAAUAUAACAUUCUGAAAGAGAGAGUUGAUCUGAUGCGUUCAGCUGGUGUCAGUAGUUUCAUUCUUGUUGCCCUGGAGAGAGUGCCACAAUUUGAGGAAGCAGUUCUCUUGGAAUUUGGCCGUGGCUUUAGGUACACACGACCUCUGCGUGUAAACCUCUUGGACUUGGAUUAUGAACUUCUGGAAGAACUGGAUAACAUCGCUGAGCGGGAAUGCUGUUCUGUUCCAUGCAAGUGUAAUGGCCAGAGAGGGGACAGAGGAGCUGUUGGUGUUUCUGGACCAAAGGGUAAAUCUGGUGGUCAAGGGUUCAGUGGACAUCCUGGUGAUGAAGGUGGUCCGGGAGAGAGAGGUCCACCUGGUAUAAACGGAACUCAAGGAUUCCAAGGAUGUCCAGGUCAAAGAGGUAUUAAAGGAUCUCGAGGAUACAAUGGUGAAAAGGGUGAAAAUGGAGAGAUUGGUUUAGAUGGAAUCAAUGGAGAGGAGGGAACAAGUGGUGUUGUUGGCCCUCCAGGAGAUCGAGGAAACCCUGGCGAAAGGGGGCCUAAAGGGGCUAAAGGCCAGGCAGGAGAUGUUGGUCAGACUGGAAUCCGUGGUGAUCCAGGCAUCCCCGGAAGAGACAACAACCAGAGGGGACCAAAAGGUGAUCCAGGCGAUGCUGGCCCACCGGGAGAGCCAGGGGUGGACGGAAAUAAGGGAGGUGCUGGUGAACCAGGGAGACAGGGCCCUGAUGGUAGAAGAGGGCCUCCUGGUCAAGCUGGUGCUCCUGGAAAGCCUGGAAGCGACGGUUUACCAGGAGAGAGAGGAAUUGGGGGAUCUCGGGGUCCUACUGGACCAAUUGGAGCACCUGGUCUUAGAGGAGAGGAUGGAAACCCUGGUCCAAGGGGGCCAGGAGGACUGCCAGGAACGGCUGGAGAAAAGGGUAGAAGAGGCACUGUUGGCCGUAAGGGUGAACCAGGAGAGCCAGGACCUAAAGGUGUAGUCGGACCCCUGGGACCCCGUGGGGAGCCUGGUGAGGAUGGAAGAGAUGGGUUUGGUACACCUGGUCCCAAAGGAAGAAAGGGUGAUGAAGGUUUCCCUGGUUUCCCCGGUCCAAAGGGUGAAGCGGGUGACCCUGGUUCAAAGGGAGGACCUGGACCCAGAGGAAACAAUGGCCAGAGGGGUACCUCAGGGGAAUCUGGUGGACCUGGACAAAAGGGAGACACUGGAUACCCAGGGCCCCAUGGCGAAAGAGGAUCCAGAGGAACUGGUCCGGUGCCAUGUGAUCUGGUCAAGAAAAUUAGGGAUAACUGUCCCUGCUGCUAUGGUGCUCAGGAAUGUCCCCUAUACCCUACUGAGUUGGCCUUUGUCCUGGAUGCAUCAGAUGGUGUAACACGCUCUACUUUCAACAACAUGCGGGACACUGUUCUGCGCCUGGUCAGUGACAUCACUAUUACUGAGAGCAACUGUCCCCGAGGUGCCCGUGUUGCUCUCGCGCUCUACAACAAUGAGGUGACUACUGAGAUCCGCUUUGCAGAUGCCCAGAAGAAGCGAGCACUUGUUGAGCGAGUUCAAGGGCUCCAGACUCAGCUGACCCGUAAGCAGCGCAGCUUGGAGACAGCCAUGAACUUUGCUGCACAGAACACGUUUAAAAGAGUUCGCAGUGGGUUCCUUGUGCGCAAGAUUGCUGUUUUCUUUGUCAACGGCCCUGUUACAACAUCUCAAGAUUUAAGUGCUGCUGCUCUACGCCUCUAUGAUUCAGGAAUUUCCUCUUUGUUCCUCCUUAACCGCGAAGAUCGCCAACUCAGAAGAGCCUUGCAGAUUAACAACACCGCUAUAGCCCAGAUUAUGGUUCUGCCCUCACCUGGAAGUGCUGAAUACAACAAUGUCAUCAAGAAGGUCAUGACCUGCCAUAUCUGCCUGGACUUCUGUGCCCCGGAUCAGAUGUGUGAUUAUGUCCCACCGCGUAGAGUCCGAGACCGAAGGGAUCCCGCAACUGACUUGGACAUCGACAUGGCCUUCAUUCUUGAUAGUUCAGAGAGCACCUGGCCCUCUGUCUUCACAGAGAUAAAGCGAUAUGUGGCUUUAAUGACGGAACAGCUAGAGAUGUCCCCUGAUCCAGCCAGCACUACCCAUCAUGCUCGAGUAGCACUUGUUCAGCAUGCACCUUAUGAAUACUUGCACAAUGGCAGUGGUAUUCCUAUCAGCGUGACCUUUGGUUUGACAGAUCACAAGUCACCCAACAGUGUCCGAAGCUUCCUACAGGAUAAGGUGCACCAGCUGGAAGGAGGACGUGCCCUUGCAGAUGCUCUUGAAGGCACUGUUGAGCAUGUGUUCGAGAAGGUGCCACAUCCCCGCCAUUUGAAGGUAUUAGUUCUGUUUGUGACUGGACCAGUUGAGCUGCAUGAGGAGAGGAUAAUAAGGGCUGCCACUGGAGUUAAAUGCAAAGGAUACUUCGUAGUGGUGAUGGCAGUUGGGAAGCUGUUCAGUGCAGGUGAUGUCCGUGUCCUGGCCCAAGUGGCAAGUGAGCCUUCAGAUGUAUUCUUUAAGAGGGUGGAUAGACCUUCAGGCUUCUAUGACGACCACAUUCAGACAUUUGCCAGACUGUUGCCCAAGUACCUCGGCCUUGAAAAUGCGUUCUACCUGUCACCUGAAGUCUCUAAAAAGUGUCAGUUGUAUCAGAGUGACCAGCCACACAAAAUCCCAUCCAGUUUGCCACAAACAGAGAAACACCAGAAUCAUCAUGGACAGCAGGAGGUUCAUGACAGAAAACAGAUAGAAACAGGUAUGGAGAAAAUGCAUCUGGUUAAUGUCACCUCCAGCGGAUUCGCCUUGCAGUGGUUGAGUGGUGAUUCAAAGGCCACCCAUGAAGUUACUGUGACUCGCAUGAAGGAUCAUACUCUAGUGCUGAGGAAAAAUAUGACUGGCAACCAUCUCUCCAUUUCUGAGUUGGAGGCCUCCGAAACCUAUAACGUAGUGGUCAACACUCACAGUUUCAAUGGUCAUGUUGCCAGCACCUACAAAGGCAUUGUUCCUACAAAAUCAGCACAUCUGAAGGUCCUUACUGUAAAUGAUGUGAUGGGUAUUGCACCAACUGCACCCUUGAGCAAACCAGACACAAAAUCAGCAGAACAGAAGGUUCUUACUCCAAGUGAGGUGAUGGGGAUCGAGCCCUCUGCACCCUUAAGUAAACCCGAAAUUAAAACAGUAGAACUGAAGGUUCCGAGUGAAGCAAUGGGGAGUGUGUCCUCUGUACCCUUAAGUAAACCAGAAAUAAUUAACAAUCUUAUGGACCCAUGUUCACUUGACUUUGACACUGGACUGUCAUGCAGAGAUUACCAAGCUAAGUGGUACUUUGACAGAAAGAAUGGAUUCUGUACACAGUUCUGGUAUGGAGGUUGUGGAGGAAAUGACAAUAGGUUUGAGACUGAGGCUGACUGCCUCAAACACUGCAUGAAGACAGUGGCUGAACCUAAGGCAAGUGAAGGGCAUGUCAAAGCUGUUCUCCCCCCAGCACCAGCUCCAGCUGCCCUGCACUCCAGUGUGGAUAUCUGCAAGCUACCAAAAGAAGAGGGCUCCUGUGCUAAAUUUGUGCUUAAAUGGCAUUAUGAUCCGCUUAGUGGAAGCUGCGCACGCUUCUGGUACGGAGGAUGUGGAGGGAACCAGAAUCGCUUUGAGACACAGGAUGAGUGUGAGAAGGCUUGUGCUAAAGCAGCUGUUAAACAAGGGAUCAUCGCUGCGGUUAAAUCAUAGAACUAAUGAAGGCUGUACACAAACGACUGACAGCACUCAGAGGAUAGAGCACCUAAAAACAAGAAGCACAGCCAAGAUGCCUGCACUGGAGCUUGCCAGAGGAUCGAUCCAAAGAAUACCUUGAAGUAGUAUUUUCCAGAAUUUUAGUUUCGUGCUGGUGCUACAUUCAGUUUGCAUCUUUAUUUUUCUUGUGUCUGGGUUUGAAUAAAACCCCCUGUAAAUGUCCAGGGCAAUUGUUUUAAAUGUUGUUUUAAUCAUGUGUUCAUGGAAAUAUUUUGAUCAAAACACAGCAAUAAAUUUUUGUAGUUAUGAGACAAAUUCAUGACAAUUUAGUUCCAUUUUAGUGAAUUUAGCUGAAUUACAGCAGUUCCCCCCCCCCCCCCCCCCCCCACUGACUCUUAAAACCCCAAACAAAUGUUUUCUUGAUGUUUGAUAAAAUGACCAUCAUCCGAAGCCAGUAAUUAAUUUCUUUAAGUAAAAUGCAUUUUUGAAACCAUUGCUUUACACACGAGUUUUAGUUUCAAAAAGCAAAUGGAAUGUAUUUUUAACUGUAUUUUUUUUUUCUUUUGUUACUUUGUAUUUCACUUGAAAAUGGACAGAUAUAAAUAAAUGGGUCUUUAUAUAAAA